UCCGACCAGUACCGUUUCUGUUUGGUUGCCGAGAAAGUGACGACAGGGAGAAUCAAGACGAACGAAGUAAAUUUCGUUUAUAAAUACCCGACCUCCAAAAGAGCUUGGACGUAGAGUUCAGAAUUGAAGACCACAAACUUUGAUGACCUGCAGUUAGCAAUCUUAGCUUGAGAUUCAGACAUGAAGAAGCUAUUCUUUUUCAGAUCUUCUUCAUCUAGUAAUGGGAACAACAAAGAGUUUCCUCCACCAACCCAACAAGAAGUUUACUGGGAGAAUCCAUCAGAAAGUGGGCGGAACAACCAAGCGAGCUAUAACAUAGCCGAGAGUAAUUUUCGAAGUCCUAAAGGCUUGUUUUCCAAAUCUCGGAAGCAAGUAUCGGAUGUUCAGAAAGCCAGUAAUUGUCCAGCUCUUAGAAGGAGCCGCUCAAUGUCAUCAGCAGCCUUCCUUGGUGUUGAGCCAGGACAAAUUGACUUCUCUUCCCCGAGAAAUCAGAGUAGAUCUCCCUCAACUUCUAGUAGAAGCGGUAUUCCUCAUCAGCAAUGUGACCGUUCUUUCCGCUCUCAAACCCCAGAGAGGCAUACAACAAAGCGUUUUGAGGUGCCGAGAUCUGGUUCUGCUUGUUCUUCUAAAACCCACCAAGAUUCCUCAGGAAGCUCUUCUUCCACUAGUUCCAGUAGUGUAUCAGGUAAAAUUUUGGAUCGCUACAUUGAUGGAGAGCAGCAAAUGGAAAAGAGCAGAGUCAACAACACUUCACAGGGGAACUUUGCUGGAAAUGGGGGCUGCUGGCGUCCUCCGCGAGUGCAGUAUACAUUACCUUCGUCUCCAACAGAUAGCAUCAAAGAUAAAGCAAGAGCUCAUUCAUUUAGAGAGGCCAAAGGUUCUCGUCUCCGUUUCUCCCCCAGAGAUUGGGCAGAAUAUGGAUUUGGGCAUGAAUCUCCACGGAGACUUGCGAAGCAUGUUGUGGAGAGACUUUCUCAGUCUCGCAUUCAGAAAAGAAAUCAGAAGGAACUUGAGCGUGAGAUGCCAGUUACAAUAGAAGAAGUUUAUGGUGGAUCUCAGAGGAAUUGUUCAUUGGAUGAACCUUAUGAGACGAUCAACAAAUUUCACGGGGAGGAUUACCCAUACUUUCAAAAGCCAUUCUCUGAGGAUUUUAACUCCAAGGAAUGUGAGGAGGAUGUGGAUCUCGACUUACAGAGAAGAUCCAAGGAAGCUGAAGAGAGAGUUAUGCUUUUGUCCGAAGAACUUGAGCUGGAAAGCUUUCUUAACAACAGUGAUUUUGAUGUGCCAUCUUUGAUUCAGACGAUCAGGAAUUUAGCCGAGGAGAGAGUAAGCUUGGCGCUCGAAGUUUCACGCCGUCUGCAUUCACAUAUUGCUGACAGUGCUUCUGCCAAGGAAGAACAUAGACUUGCAAAGACAGAACUGCAGUCCCAAACUAGGAGACUGGAGAAGGAAAAGAAUGAAUUACAAUCGGCACUAGAGAGGGAGCUCGAUAGGAGGUCCAGUGAGUGGUCCAAUAAGCUUGAGAAAUUCCAGUUAGAAGAACAAAGACUUCGCGAGCGAGUUAGAGAGCUUGCGGAGCAAAAUGUUUCACUUCAAAGGGAAGUAUCAUCUUUUCACGAGAGGGAUGCAGAGAGCAGAAGCAUGAUAACCUGUUUCGAGCAACAACUCAAAGAUAUGAGUCAAAGGGUGGAGGACAUGAAUGAGGAGAAUCAAGAUCUUAAGAGAAAUCUGUCAGAAUUACAAGAGAACUACAGAGCUGCCGAAGAAGACCGUGUUUGCCUCCAAAAUAAUUUUGAAAAUAAGGAUAAGGAGUGCAGGGAACUGCACAAAACUGUUACAAGAUUACUAAGAACCUGCAGUGAACAAGAGAAGACGAUUGAUGGUUUACGUGAGGCUUUUGGUGAGGAGUCAGGGAAGAACCAGUCAACGGAGAAGUGCAAUAAGAAUGUGGCAAAGUUGCAGAUGGAGCAAAUGAGGUUGACAGGAGUGGAACUUGCCUUGAGAAGGGAGUUGGAAUCUUUUAGGCUUGAGGUUGAUUCUCUUCGACAUGAGAACAUAAAUCUGCUGAACCUGAACCGUUUAAAGGGCAAUGGGAAAGAAAGUGAUGCUUUAACUGUUAGGCUGGAUAAGGAAAUGUGGACUCGAGUUUGCUGUUUGCAAAAUCAAGGGCUGGUGUUGUUAAAUGAGAGCUCACAAUUAUGUUCAAAAUUUCUUGAAUUUAUCAAAGCAGGUCAAAUUUCAGUGGCUAAGCAAGAAACUGAAGUUACCAAGUAUAGCCUAGAUGGACACUUUGUUGUUGAAUCUGAGAUGAAAGUACAAGGAUUAAGGCGUGGGGUCGAAAACCUUACAAGGAGUUUGCAGACGAUCUCUGUUUUGUUGCAUGACAAGUCCAAUCUAGCUGCUUCUAUAUAUCAGUCGAAGUGCACAGAUGUUAAUGGAGUAAUGCAAUCAAAUCCACCAAUGUCAGAGGAUGUAAUGAAAUACGAGCUUAAAGCAGAAACUUUGCUGACGAGUUUAUUGAGAGAGAAACUGUGUUCUAAAGAGCAGGAAGUUGAGCAGUUGCAAGCUGAACUUUCAACUGCCGUAAGAGGUGCUGAUAUCCUCCAAUGCGAGGUCCAAACUGCAAUGGAUAACCUCUCCUUUGUUACCCACAAAUCAAAGGAUCUUGAACUUCAGAUGCUUAAGAAGGAUGAGAAUCUCAAUAGAUUACAGAGUGAUCUCCAAGAUUCUACCAAGGAAUUGACGGUCAUAAGGGCGAUACUUCCUAAAAUUUCGGCGGAGAGAGAUUUGAUGUGGGAGGAAGUGAAGCAAUACAGUGAAAAGAACAUGCUUUUGAACUCUGAAAAUAAUAUGUUGAGAAAGAAGUUGGAUGCCCAGGAUGAAGAGAUACUUCUAAAGGAUGGUCAGAUCACAAUCCUUAAAGACACUAUAGGGAACCAAUCCUUUGACCUUCUAGCCAGUCCCGAUCAUACGCGAGAAUUUUGCCUCUAAAUGACUGCAAAGACCAAGGCUUCUCAUAGAAUUAACUAUACUGUUGAUAGUCCCUAU